AUGUUUAUGCUCCGCAACGUGGGCAAGUUUCUCUUUCGGGAUACUUCGAAAGAAUCCAUCAUCGAGAUCCCUCAAGGCCAGCUCUAUCUUGUUCGCCCCUUGUCCCCCAAAGGCUACUCUGAACUCAUCUUCAAGGACGCAGCUGCUUCCAUCCGCCGGACCGGCCAGGAGUUCCAGUACCAGUUGGUGAUUCAGAGGGCUUACGAGGAAGGCGAAGAGGAGCUUGCCGAGGACGAAGACGAGCACGGUGCAGCAGAUGGCCUAGACAAAGACGAGAAAGUCUUCCUAUUGGACCAGAGCCUGCACUUCCGAUCUGAGGUUCGCGAAGGUGGGGUCAAGAUCCUCGCCUGGGACGAUCUCAGCGGAGACGAGGGUGAUCUUUUUGAGUUCAUCUGCGACCCUUCUGUCCCCUCUGACAAGGUCGCCACCUUUGAGUUGGCGGCUUUGCAGUGCCAGUACGAGCGCAAGUUCCGCUGCAGUGCCCAGAAAGCUACCGAAGAGGAACUGCAACAUCUCAGAAUCAACCCCCCCUCCGCCGAAGAAAGCGCAGCAGAGAUGGCGAAGGACGUGAAAUAUGCCCAGUCGAAGGGCAAGAUGAAGUCCGGAGCUGAACAAGACAAGUCGACUACUGCGCCAGCUGCCGCUCCCCAACCCGAAUCGAAGGAGAUCUUGGCAAAGGAGAGAGCCGAGCUGCACUUAUUCGACUUCGCCACUGGAACUUUCGUGUUGCAAGAGUCUGAGGUUGUCGCAAGCGUUUCAGAAAUUGGAAACUGGCAGUAUUGGCUGCAGAUCAGCAGCAAGGACAAGGACUGGCUCGGCCAGGCUGUUGUGGCAGACAUCAACCCUGUCUUCAAUUUUGAAUAUUUGUCGUUCAUCUUCAAUCAUUAUGCCGAAGAUGGAUCGGCCUACUCUUGGCUUCUUCGUUUCAGGGACCAGCCCUCGGAAGAGCGCUUCCAGGAGGGCCUUAUGCAGGCGCUAUGGGAGCAGUUGAAUGAGAUGAAGUGGAACAAGGUGAAGCAAGACGAUCGCGACUACGUACUAGACGCCUUCCAGGAUCUCACAAUGGACGAUGCCGACGAACAUCCCGAGGAAGAGGAAGACGAAGAUGAAGAGGAAGAAGCGACCGAUCAGGAUGACGGGCAGCGCAGUGAACAUUACGAUAGCGAUGAAUCUGACGAUGACCAUGUUACGCGUGAUGCAGAUGGAAACGUCAACUCCCAGCUUGCUGUUGGCUACAAGCACGACCGGUCUUUCGUGGUUCGUGGCUCCAAGAUUGGUGUCUUCAAGCACACCGACAACAACAAUCUGGAGUUUUCGACCAACAUUUCCAAGAAGGUCAUGCUUCAUGCGGAGGAUCAAGACUUGAUACUUCAGAACACCGAUGAUCCCAAUUCUCUUUAUCGUAUGGAUCUUGAAUACGGUAAAGUGGUGGAUGAGUGGAAGGUGCACGAUGACAUUACUGUUGAUACAUUUGCCCCGGAGAGCAAAUUUUCUCAGAUGACUGCUGCUCAACCAUUUGUCGGUGCAUCGAGGAACGCGCUGUAUCGCAUUGACCCUCGUCUUUCUGGCAAUAAGCUCGUGGAUGCUGAUCUGAAGCAAUACGUGAGCAAGAAUGAUUUCUCUGCCGUUUCCACUACCGAGAAGGGCUAUAUCGCGGUUGCAUCCAACAAGGGAGACAUUCGCAUGUUUGACCGUCUCGGAAUUAAUGCUAAGACUCACAUCCCGGCUCUUGGUGAGCCAAUCAUCGGUCUUGAUGUAUCAGCUGACGGACGCUGGGUGCUAGCUACUUGUCGGACCUACCUUCUCCUGAUCGACGCGCUUCAGAAGGACGGCAAGAACGAAGGCAAACUUGGGUUCGAAAAGUCAUUUGCCAAGGAUUCCAAGCCUCAGCCUCGGCGUUUGGGUCUCCAGCCUGCGCACGUUGCACAGUUCCAGCACGAGACGAAGCAGCCCCUGUCCUUUACCACGGCCCGUUUCAACACCGGUGUUGAUACCGAAGAAACAUCGAUUGUUACUGCUACUGGGCCAUUCAUCAUCACUUGGAGUAUGAAGAAGGUUCUUGCGGGCCGCAAGGAUCCUUACACCAUUAAGCGAUAUGAAGAGAAUGUCAUGGCCGACAAUUUCCGGUUCGGUUCCGACAAGAACGUGAUUGUCGCUUUGCCCAACGAGGUCAACAUGGUCGCGAAACGAAGCUUCCAGAAGCCUACUCGCGAGAGUAUUGCUGGCCCUAUGACUCCGGCUCGUAACCGCAGCGGUCGCCAGAGUCAUCUUCGGGACAAUAUCGUCAAUUCACCUUACUAG